AUGUCUUCUUCAGACCUCCCUUUCACUCGUCUUCGAAAGGAGACUGAAGUAGCUAUUCUAUCUGUACUCAGAGCUUGUUAUUUGACCAAAAACGUCCAGGACACUCUGGUAAAUCAAGAUACAAUCACCAAAAAAGAUAAAUCCCCAGUUACAGUUGCCGACCUCUCCGCUCAAUCUUUGAUCUCACUUCAUCUUUCAGAACAUUUCCCACAAGAUCUGAUCAUAGGCGAAGAAGACACGUCCGAGCUUCGAGUCAAUGAUCCUCUCCGAGAGAAAGUCGUAAAGCUUGUUAGCGAGGGUUUCCAGAGAGAAGAAGGCUGGGGCAAAGACAAGACUUUUAGCGAAGAUCAAGUACUUAGUGCAAUCGACGCUGGUUCAGCUGAGGGUGGAGCUAAAGGUAGAUUCUGGACUAUUUUGACGGAACAUCGGGGUUCAUCCGACAUCAACAAUAUGCUGUUUGUCUAG